AUGUUCCAGUGGUACCAAAGAAGUUUGAUCCAGCGUCCUUUGUUGACGCAAAGCUUAACGACUGCGUGUCUUUUCGCAGUUGGAGAUGGCCUCGCGCAGCAAGCAGUGGAGAAGAGAGGCAUCGCGAAGCAUGACGUGAUGCGCACCGGACGGAUGGCACUCUAUGGCGGAGCUGUCUUUGGCCCCCUGGCCACGAAAUGGUUCCAGUUCUUGCAGAAGCGCAUCAACCUGCCCUCGACACAGAAGACUGUUGUCGCUCGGGUCGCGGCCGACCAGCUGCUCUUCGCGCCGACCGUGAUCGGCGUCUUCCUGUCGAGCAUGUCUAUCAUGGAAGGCGGGAGUCCCCAGGACAAGCUCCAGAAGGCUUACUGGCCUGCCCUCCAGGCCAACUGGACGGUGUGGCCGGUCCUGCAGCUGAUGAACUUUGCUCUGGUGCCGUUGCAGUAUCGCGUGCUUACAGUCAACGUCUUGAAUAUUGGUUGGAAUUGCUUCUUGAGUCUGUUGAAUAGCACGAGUCCGAAAGAGGUCACUCCUGUUCCGGGCUUAAGGAGGGAAGCAUAA